UGAUCCGUUGACGUAAUUUCACGGAUCCGGGAGCGUUUCACCACAUGAACCAGCUAUCUCAGAUGUCAGGAGAAGACCUGGGAGCGCUUUCCGAGGUCAAAGCUAGCCAAUCCAGUGAUCACGUCGAGUUGCCUUCGAUCCAGCUGACUCUGGCUCAGGUGCUCGCGGAAAUAAGACAAUCCAACGAUGGGCUGAUGCAGAAACUGGAGAAGUUGGAAGAAAAAGUGACCAGUGAACUGCAGGGACUGGGAAGGAGGCCUGGCAUGCAACCCAGGCUUGCCACCGAUCAAUCGUGUGUGCAGUGGUCCAAAGGUCGGCGCCCGUCAGAGCAUUCCAUGGAAUUGUCUGGGACUUCCAGUCAGCUUGCUCGAAAGCUGGGUGCGCCGGCCAAAGAAGCGAUCGAGAUGGACAUUGGCCAAAUGAUCCCAGCGUAUUUAGGUGGCCACAGCGCUCCGGGUUCUGCGAAGAAACCCCGCACCAAAAACAGAAAAGCGUCGACGGUCUGCCUGGCCCAGCCGGAACCCCCGGCGCCCGCGGCACCUGCGGCACCUGCGGCACCUGCGGCACCCGGAGCGCCUGCCUUUGAGCCUGUGGUCCUAGCCCCAGAACGGGCGUUCCCACUGACCAAACGCAUUUCUUCCAACAGUGACCUUGUUGAUGCUCCAAGAAAGGUACUGUCGAACCCAGAGGAGUCCAGCAGCAUGGUGAACAUGGUCAGUGCUAGGUCCGGACGCUUCUGUCCAUCCUCGGAAAAGUUGAAUCAAGCCAUCUAUUCAGGAAAUUUGACGGAAGUCUUCCGCGUCCAAGAGAGGCCCGGAGAAAGAUUCAGGGGCUUGAUGGAAGCCUUAUCGCCACGGAAUGAGCGAAACGAUGAGGCUGAGAAGGAGUUCCCACCUGUGCUCGAAGCUCUUGACGUUGAAACGGAGUCGCUGAGCCAAGAACGGCGCGAAAGCCGCUGGCUGUGGCUGAGUCCGCUGCAUGAAUUUCUGGCGAGAUAUGCAUCGAAAGCUUUGGGUUUGAUGCCUCUCUUCGAUGUCCAGAUGGAAGCAGAGGACACUAGCCGGAGUCGACUCCGGCUCCGGGCUCGGCGAAUGGUGUCCCGUCUCUACCAUUGGUUUGUGCUCUUCAGCUUGAUUUUGGCAGCAGCCUGGCUUGGCAGUCGCUACAGCAGCGAUGUGAACGAUGAGGACUUUGACUGUGGGGGGUUGCCUCCCUUGACCACUGACCUGGCAAUCGUGAUCAGCGCAUGCAUGGUCUUGAGCAGCUGGGGUGGCUUUUGGUCUUACCAGGAAACAACUCAGCGGGUGGCCUCUGGUUCCCGAGAUCUGGCUGACUGUUGCGAAAUGAUCCAUUUGGAUCACGCUUGGAGAAUAUGGAGCUGCACGGAUGCUCUCAUGGCCAGCCUAUUAUUCUUGGGGCUGCUGGGAGGUCGGGUGGCGGUGACUCUGAUGACCCUGGAGGAACACCGGGAGGGUGGAUGGGGACCCGUUCUCCUGUCCAUGCUGUAUCCUGGCCCAAUCCGAGGGCUCUAUGUCCCUCAUGAAGGUCAAGUGCGGCUGGAUCACCGCGAUGUCAUGGAAUACGGAAAGAACUACAGCGAGCUGGUUUCGGCCGUGAGUCAAGAGCCCGUUCUCUUCGGAUGCAGCAUCCGCGAAAACAUCCUCUACGGUCUCCCUGAAGAUCACCCUGCACGCAGUGAUGAGCUAUCGCCGGACGUGGUGCAAGCGGCGUGUUUGGCGAAUGCACAUCACUUUAUUCAGCAGAUGACCGAGGGCUACGACACCUGCGUCGGGGAGCGCGGCGUACAGCUGAGUGGCGGCCAGAAGCAGCGCAUCGCCAUCGCGAGGGCCUUGGUACGGAAGCCGCAGGUCCUAUUGUUGGACGAAGCCACCAGUGCCUUAGAUGCCGAAAGCGAGCUUCAGAUUCAGAUUGCCAUCAACAAUUUGGUGGCGCAAAAGAGCAUGACGGUGGUCAUCGUGGCGCACCGCCUCUCGACUGUGAAGAAGGCCGACAAGAUUUGCGUCAUCGUCACGCGGCGGAAGGGCGUGGAUGGUCGUGCUGAUGGAAGGGUGGUGGAAGAGGGGAGUCAUGACGAUCUUCUCUUAGCUGAUGGUCACUACCGCAGACUCUUGGAACAUCAGCUGCCUGGCAGUUUCAGCGGAGCCCUCUAUCCAAGGGCCCUAAGGGCUGGACGGCUUGCAAUUGUAGACAGCUACAGCAUGUUUGGUCUGUGUUACUUUGUUUCAUCAACUGUAUUUGUAUAUAUUUCUGUUGUUUGUGUCGAAUGGUUUGAUCAUCGUUUUAAAUCCCACAUCUAG